GGUCCGGAGGGUGAUGUGGCCCCGCCCGGCCGUCCCGCCCCUCGCUCACCGCGUCCGGGCCUCGCGGAGCCGCCGCCCGAGCCCGAGCCGCUGCGCUGCCCGGCCGCACGGACCGACCGGCAUGUGGAGGCUGGGCCGCAGCCGGGUGCUCCUGCACGAGCCGCCCGAGGAGGAGGACGGGCUGCGCGCGGAGCCGCCGCCCAGCGCGGACGCCGGGGGCGCGCAGGGAGCAGGGUUCCGAGGUUGGAAAGAAGUGACUUCGCUGUUUAAUGACGACGAUGAGCAGCACCUGCUGGGAAGAUGCAAAUCUCCCAAGUCCAGGGGAACCAGCUUACGGCUGAAGGAGGAGCUGAAGGCGGAGAAGAAGUCUGGCUUCUGGGACAAUCUGGUGCUAAAGCCGAGCAUUCAGCCCCAGAAGCCGGACGAGAUCGAGGGCUGGGAGCCCCCGAAGCUCGCUCUCGAAGACGUGGCGGCCGAGUCGGGCGCCCUGAGCGACCAGGCGUCCCGGCCGGGCUGGGAGGAGGGGGCCAAGGGCGCCGGCAAGUACACCAGCCUGGCCGGCCCGGGGGGCGGCUCGCGCUGGAGCCUGCGCUCGGCCGGGAAGCUGGUCAGCAUCCGGCGCCAGAGCCGCGGCCACCUCGCCGACAGCUGGGAGGAGCUGGAGUGACGUCUGUGCCCGGCGCUGGCACCACAGCCUCGGCCCCAGUGCGGCUCCGGCUCCUCCACUCAGAGCCCGUGUGCCGUAUCAGGGGUCUCCGUAGCCUAGCGAGUUCUUAGUCUUUCAGGUUAAAGAGAGCAGAGUCCACUCUGCCCACGUUCCAUCUCCCGCAUCUCAACACUGUGACCGCGUCCUGCCGGCCACGCCAGGCCAUCCAGGCCGGCGUGUCUGCCGUUUCUGACCUGGGUGCAGGUACGGAUGCUGCCCCACGGGGACCAGAUAGCACCUCCCCGCCGUCCUCAGCUGCACCCGUCUGCCGCAUGACAUGGUGACUCCGGCGUGGAACCGUGGGAGCCGACGGUGACACUGAACGUGGCCGCUGGGGUGGACACAUGGCGUGACGGCUCACGUUUAUCCUGGAAACUCAAACUUCUUCUCAGAUUAGACAUCUGUCAGCAAAUCAAAUCCUAGAGAAGCGAACGCUGCCUGCCGCCGGCCCCCUCCGCCCGCCGCCACCCUC